CGAUAAACCACAUGCUGAGUUGUAGAAACUAGUUGGUGUAUCUAUCCACAGCGCUGCUGGGGAGGGCUGCUCUUGGAGAGGAAACAAAAGGAGUCGUAUCUGGGGGAGGAAAGACAGAGCUCUGCAGACGAUGACAGACGGGAAGUGUUUCACAAGGAUUAAACUGUAAAGGGGAUGUAGGCAAAGCGAACUUAGUAUUUUUAAUGGACUUCAAUGAAUAGCAACGACCAUCACAGAAGCCACCAUGACCACAAACAUCUCCGGCACCUCCUUCCAGACUUCCACUGAAUCCCUCUUUCUCAUGAAGCCUGACAACAUGACCCCAACGUCCUGCGUGGAUCUGGGGGCGCUGCAGAGCCCGCUGGCCGUCCUCUACACUAUAAUCUUCAUCCUGGGACUGGUAGGGAACCUGGUGGCUCUGUGGGUCUUCUUCUGCGUACAAUCAAAGAAGAACUCGGUGCGCGUGUUCCUCAUCAACGUCGCGUUCGCCGACCUGCUGCUGGUGGUGUGUCUGCCCUUCAGGAUCCUGUACCACAGCGGGGGGAACGUGUGGACGCUGGGGCCCAUGCUGUGUAAGGCAGUGGGGAACCUCUUCUACAUGAAUAUGUACAUCAGCAUCACGCUGCUGGGGCUCAUCAGCGUGGACCGGUACCUGAAGAUCCACCGCGGGACGGGGGGGCAGCACAGGCUGAGGUCCACCAGGUGGAGCUGGGCGCUGUGUGCGGGCGUCUGGAUCAUCGCCUCCACGGUGACCACGGUGUUACUGGUGUCCAAGAACCACUCGCAGGAGGACAGGUGUUUCCACUACAAGCUGCUCCUCAAUGCGAAGUGGAAAGCCUACUUAAACAUCUGCAUGCUGGUGCUCUUCUGGCUGGUCUUCGUCUCUCUGGUGGUGUCUUACGCAAAGAUCGCCCUGAAACUCCAGAGGAGAUCACUGGAGAAACCGGACCUUCCCAACGCCUCCCGCUACACCCGCACCGCCAGGAAGUCCUUCUUCAUCCUCUUCCUCUUCACCGUGUGCUUUGUCCCUUAUCACGUGGUCCGGGUGUUUUACAUCAAAACGCAGAUCACGGAGACAGCCUGCGUGUGGCGCGGCGUGGCCGAUAAAGCCAACGAGGUGGCGCUGCUGUUCUCGGCCCUGAACAGCUGCCUGGACCCCGUCAUGUACUUCCUGUUGUCUUCGUCGGUGAGGAAGGAAGUGCAGCGCCUGGUGAGCAGGGUGUUCUGCGUGCAAGAUGCCAAUGCAGUUAGCGGUAGCAGCUCAACGGCGGAGAACUGGAAGGCGGAGAGAGGACAGGCCACCAGCAGCAACUUAUAGGAGAACACAAGCUGUUUUUAUUAUCCAAUUUGAGUGAAUAAACGAUAGUUAUGACUGAAACGUCUGUUAUUUUACACAACAAAUGCCAUGUUUACUGUGUCGAACUGCCGAAAUCUCACUAUAAGUCAUUGAGGUGGUGAUGCAAUGCUUACUUCACCAUAUUUCAAGCAAAACAUCAUAAAGUAGUUGAGAUAUUUCAGGCUGGAUCGAAGUAAAGGGACCUUUUGUUGCAGGGUGUAGCCUAUUUCAUGUUUGCCACUGUGUUCAUAAGUGGAACAAGCCACUACCAUGCAGGAUUUUUAUCCAAUUUAUUUCAAUCUGAGAUCAAGUACUCUGCGGAAAUAAAAGCAAGCGAAGCUCCAAUGUGUGACCCUGCAGAUAAUGAGAGUGCGCGUUUUUUUCCAUUCACACAAACCUGCAAGGAAAUAAGAUGCAGGCGACUUCA